CGGGAUUAGCUGUCAGUAAGAAGCCAAGGAGCAAGGGAUCUGGAAAUUAAUGGCGUUGCGGGACGGUUAAGCAGGAAUCCGGGACUGCGGGUUUUGUUAAGAAAAUCUGGACUGUCUGUCGAACAGAGGGGCUGUUGGGCGGAAGUCUGCCUUACAGUUAAAAAUGCAAAACAACGAAAUUCUAAAGCCUGCCAAGUACUUCUCGGAGUUGGAAAAGAGUGUUUUACUAGCUCUGGUGGAAAAGUAUAAGUAUGUCCUAGAAUGUAAGAAAAGUGAUGCUCGAACUAUUGCCCUAAAGCAGCGCACAUGGCAGGCUUUAGCCCACGAAUAUAACUCCCAGCCCAGUGUGUCGCUUAGGGAUUUUAAGCAGCUGAAGAAAUGCUGGGAAAACAUCAAAGCUAGGACCAAAAAGAUUAUGGCCCAUGAAAGGAGGGAAAAGGGAAAACUUUUUGGCCCAGAGUCUAAUAGUCAUCAAGCACUGAAAGAAAAGGUUGCAAGUAUGAUUCCUGAGCAGCUCUAUUUUGUACAAAACCAGCCCGAUGAUGAAAGAGGAUACAAUCAUGAUACUUCCAACCAAGAAAUGGACUGCAAGAGAGUCAGUCUGUUGGAUCUGGAGGUUCUUAUUGAUGAACAAGGAAAAAUUCAGACCAAACCUUUCAGGAAAGUGCCUGAAACAAAUUCGUUAUGUGAUGAUGGCUCACCUCCCCAGUCCAUAGAUAAAGCUUUUCCAAAUGGAGAUCUGGAACUUCUCAUCGAUGAACAAGGUAAAAUCCAAGCAGAACCAAUUCGUAAAGUGCCUGUCACGGAUUCACAGUGUGCACAGGGCUCGCCUUCAAGCUCCAUUAAGACAGAAUCCUUUGUUGUUCCUGAAAGAGAUGUAUAUGAAGAUCAAAAUUCUAUAGUCAACAUGCACAGUUCUGAAAGCUCUCUUCAUUCUACACCUUUAUUCCCAUCCUCCAAAAUAUCUGCUAACAGGACCUAUGGCCGCAAGCCAUCACAAAAUGGCAUUUUUACAAAGAUGCAUGAAGAGCAACACCACCAGCAGAUGUCUAUCCUUCAGCUGCAGUUGAUCCAAAUGAAUGAAGUGCAUGUGGCAAAGGUACAGCAGAUUGAGAGAGAGUGUGAGAUGGCUGAGGAGGAACAUCGGAUAAAGAUGGAGAUCCUGAAUAAAAAGAAAAUGUAUUGGGAAAGGAAAUUGCAGACAAUCACCAAGGAGUGGCCAGUAGCAUCAUUUAACAGGCCUUUUCCUAACUCACCCUGACUGAUGUUGGCAAGAAAGUUUAAUUCUUAGAACUUCAUUGUGAGCAGGUUUUAUAAACAUCUGCUAAUGUGUUGAACAGUCAGUAGGCCCAAACACUGGCAAUGGUUACUUUGUAGGAACAUAUAGAAACUGAAAAGAAAACUGGGGUAAAAAUGUUUUUGGGACAUUGGAGGAGCUGGUAUCGGUAACAAUGUUAUUUGGCUCUUUAGUAGUAUUAAAGAAAGAAAAUGAAUGUGCAUCCAGCCUUCUUCUGCAAGAGUCCUGCUUAUGUUAAAAUAAGCUGUACACUCACCAAGUCAAGUGACCACUAAGUCACCAGUCAGGAGAUUGUUUAAAUGUUGUUGUAGAAUGACACCACUUUUGUACAGCUCAGUUAUUUUACCCUUCCACAACAAUGUUUACAUGAUCCUCAGGUAAAAGGUAAGUGUAUAAGAAACGUCUCUAUAAGGUAUUUUAUGGUAUUUAUUUUAAUAUGAGGCCAAAGGCCCUAAACCAUUUUGUCUUAUUUAUAAAGCAUUAACUGAUUUAGAAAUUGGGUUUGCAGUGGAAAGGUGUAACAUUCUGAUAAUAAAGCAUAGAUUAUAUUUUCUGGCUUCUCUAGCCACGUAGUAAUUUAGUAGGUCACCUCAACUGUUACAGACAAUUAUGUUUUAGUAUUUUCAUCUUUUUCCAAAAGCUAACAUGUUGGUUUACGAAUUAAACAAAGGAAAAAUUAACUCCUGAAUGGGUUCAUAUAAAUAUAGAUUUCUCUUGAAAAAUCUGCCCCUGAUUCUCUUCAUUUUUUUUUUAUAGGAUUGCAUUAAAUUGUUCCGUACAGUGAUUUCAGUUGUAACCUGAAUGUUACAAGCUUGGCUGCCUUCACAUGGCACUGCUGAAGACUCCUAGGACUCCCACAUUAUUUUGUAAAGGAAGAGGAUCACAUGGCUAAUCUCCAAAAAUGUACAUACUCCACAAGCUGUAUAAAGGCCUUAAAGGAGAAGGAAAGGCAUUUUAUUCCCAAUAGAUUAGUCACAUUAGUGCAAUCUAGAUUGAUAUAUUUAUUCUGCAGAAAGCUUUACCAUUAGUGAUGAGCGAAUCUGUCCCGUUUUGGUUCAGCAUUAAGUCAGCGGAUAUUUUUUUGACACAACCGCACUGAUUUUGACGAGACCACAACUUUUUUGAUGCGUGACAAAUUAUUCCAGAGCCAAAUUUUUUCACCUCUUUCACGAAACAAUCCGCCAGUGGUGAACGGAAAUUUGCAGCAAAUCCAUGCCUGCUGAAAAAUUUCAUUCAUCACCAUUUUUCCAUGUUUACCAUACCUGAGUAAACAGCUCUCGAAGCUCCCUCUCUUUUAGCUUGGUCUCCAUAGCUUCUAUGUUGCAGCUUUAGGGGCUGGUAGCUCAGAUCACACAUUCUGAUGGGUGGGGGAGUGAAUUCAUAUGGGAGGGGGGAGCAGGAAAUGGGAGAGAGGAGGAUUUUUCUCAGAGAGGAAGUCCAAUAUCGAAGUACAUGUGUACACAAAAGAAGACAAGAAAUCUGUGUUUCUUUUGAUAGAGGACUAGCUUCUUUGAGUGCCUAUGUCUGUAUUUACAUAGACCUUUCUGAUAAAGCUUACUUAGUUUUUACCUUUCCUUCUCCUUUAAGGAGUGCUUUGCAAAGAUUGUAUAUACAGUCAUUAUGGCAACAAACUGAAACAUUGUUUAGUUUCUUUUGAUUUUAAUUAAGGCAAGAGGUUGAGCAAUUUCCUCCAAAUGCAAUACGGGUGGCUGAAAGUAUAAAUGCUUUCUAGAGAAGACUUUUUAAGUUAUUGGUGUUGAUAGAUUAUUUUCCCUGCAAUAAAAAUUGCUACAAAUUGC